CACAUAUCAGCUACAGCUUUCAUUUUCUCGGUAAGCUAAUUAAUUUCUCCUUUCUCUUUAACUACCUGGAAAGACAACGACCAGAAAUAAUCUUUAGCCUAGAAAAAGUUAGCAAAGUUGGCUGGCCAAUGUGAAAUUAUAUGGAAUCUCUAGGAAAAUGGUUUCUCAGUUAGAAAAUGCAAUGGACAGCCUUAUCAAAGUGUUCCACACUUAUUCUUCCAAAGAAGGGGACAAAUACAAAUUGAGUAAAGCUGAAAUGAAAAGUCUUCUACAAGGAGAGCUAAAUGACUUCUUAGCUGCAAGUAAAGAUCCACUGGUUGUGGAGAAGAUAAUGUCUGAUCUGGAUGAGAACCGAGAUGGGGAAGUGGACUUCCAGGAAUUUGUAGUUCUGGUGGCAGCACUUACUGUGGCAUGUAAUGAUUUCUUUGUUGAGUGUAUGAAACGCUGAUGCCUGUUCAUGUCAUCUGAACUACUUCGUCUGCUUUAAUAAAAAUGUGUUGCACUGAG